AUGUCUCUUAGCAACAAGCUUGCCAUCACUGACGUCGACCUCAAGGACAAGCGUGUCUUGAUCCGGGUCGACUUCAACGUCCCUCUCGAUGACAACAAGAACGUCACCAACCCCCAGCGUAUCGUUGGUGCUCUCCCCACCAUCAAGUACGCUGUCGAGAAUGGCGCCAAGGCCGUUGUCCUCAUGUCCCACCUCGGUCGUCCUGACGGCAAGAAGAACCCCAAGUACAGCCUGAAGCCCGUCGUGCCCGUCCUGGAGAAGCUCAUCGGCAAGAGCGUCAUCUUCACUGAGGACUGCGUCGGCAAGGAAGUUGAGGAGACCGUCAACAAGGCCUCCGGUGGCCAGAUCAUCCUCCUGGAGAACCUGCGUUUCCACGCCGAGGAGGAGGGCAGCUCCAAGGACGCCGAGGGCAAGAAGGUCAAGGCCGACAAGGCCGCCGUCGAGGAGUUCCGCAAGGGACUGACCGCUCUUGGUGACAUCUACAUCAACGAUGCCUUUGGAACCGCCCACCGUGCCCACAGCUCCAUGGUCGGCGUCGACCUCCCUCAGAAGGCUUCCGGCUUCCUGGUGAAGAAGGAGCUUGACUACUUCGCCAAGGCCCUCGAGAACCCCUCUCGUCCCUUCCUGGCCAUCCUCGGUGGCGCUAAGGUCUCCGACAAGAUCCAGCUGAUUGAUAACCUCCUCCCCAAGGUCAACAGUCUGAUCAUCACCGGAGCCAUGGCCUUUACCUUCAAGAAGACCCUGGAGAACGUCAAGAUCGGCAAGAGUCUUUUCGACGAGGCCGGCAGCAAGAUCGUCCCCGAGAUCGUCGAGAAGGCUAAGAAGAACAACGUGAAGAUCGUCCUUCCUGUCGACUACGUCACUGCCGACAAUUUCGCUGCCGACGCCAAGACCGGCUACGCUACCGAUGCCGACGGCAUCCCUGACGGCUUCAUGGGUCUGGAUGUCGGCGAGAAGAGUGUCGAGCUGUACAAGCAGACUAUCGCCGAGGCCAAGACGAUCCUCUGGAACGGCCCCUGCGGUGUCUUCGAGAUGGAGCCCUUCGCCAACGGCACCAAGAAGACCCUCGACAACGUCGUUGCCGCCGCUCAGUCCGGCUCCAUUGUCAUCAUCGGUGGUGGUGACACUGCUACCGUGGCCGCCAAGUACAACGCCGAGGACAAGCUCAGCCACGUCUCCACUGGCGGUGGUGCCUCUCUGGAGCUUCUGGAGGGCAAGGAGCUGCCUGGUGUCACUGCUCUGUCAAGUAAGUAA